AUGCAGCUCACAGCCUCUUUCCUCUCCCUCCUCUCCAUCGCCACCGCCAUCACAGUCUCCUACGACACCGGCUACGACGACGGCUCCCGCUCCCUCUCCGUCGUCUCCUGCAGCGACGGCAACAACGGCCUCCUGAGCAAAGGCUACAGCACUCAAAACUCUCUCCCCUCAUUCCCAAGAAUCGGCGGGGCUUCAGUAAUUGCCGGAUGGAACAGUGCUAGUUGUGGGACUUGCUGGUCGCUUACGUAUAAUGGAAAUACGAUUAAUGUUCUGGCGAUGGAUCAUGCGGGUGAGGGGUUUAAUAUUGCGCAGCAGGCGAUGGAUCAGUUGACUGGGGGGAGGGCGGUGGCGUUGGGGAGGAUUGAUGCGCAGUAUGCUCAGGUGGAUGCUUCUGCUUGUGGACUGCAAUAG